AUGGUAGACCCCGUGUCGGAAGAGGAAAAGGCGGGAGCCGAGCCUGAAGGUUCGGCCGGCGAUGGAGCCGCUGCGUCCGCGCCCCCCGACGCCCAGGGCGCCCAGCAGCCCGCCGCCUCUUCGGCUUCGCCCUCGGCCUCGGCGGCGGCGGCGGCGGCGGCGGCGGCGGCGGCGCAGCCCCACAAGGCUGAAGCCCCGAGCGCCGCGGAAGAAGGCGGGCGGCGGGAGCAGUCUCCGCUGCUGCACCUCGACCUCUUCAACUUCGACUGUCCGGAGGCCGAGGGCAGCCGCUACGUGCUGACCAGUCCCCGCUCGCUGGAGGCCUGCGCCCGCUGCGCCGUCAAGCCGGUGGAGCUGCUGCCGCGCGCCCUGGCGGACCUGGUGCGCGAGGCCCCGGGCCGCUCCAUGCGAGUGGCCGCCGGCCUGUACGAGGCCUACGAGGCGGAGCGGCGCGCCAAGCUGCAGCAGUGCCGGGCCGAGCGCGAGCGCAUCGUGCGCGAGGAGAAGCGGCGCCUCUUCACGCCGCUGGGCGCCGCGGCCGCCGCCGCCUCGGUCCCCAGCGCAGGCGGCAGCAGCAGCAGCAGCAGCGCCAGCCUCCCGGCCUCGCCCGCGCCGCGUGCCACCCGCAAGGCGUCCUCCAGCCCGUCCCCCGCCCGGACGCAACCUCCGCCCGCCGCUUCGCGGGCCGGCAGGAAGAGCCACUCGCUGGACUCGCUGUCCCGCCGGCGCGAGGGCGCCCUCAGCUCCGAGUCCGGCGCGUCGUCCUCGUCCUACAGCGGGGAGAGCCUGCGGGAGCUGCGCUGGCCUCCGCGGGCCUUGGCCAGGAACAGCUGCCCUGCGGGCUCCGCGUCCUCCGCCCCCAACCCGCUGGGCCGCCCUUCCGCCCUGGCCCUGGUGCCGCUCACGGGCCGCAGCUUCAGCCUGGGUGACCUGAGCCACUCUCCGCAGACCGCUCAGCACGUGGAGCGCAUCGUGCGCCAAGUGCGCGCCGAGCGAGGCCUGCGUGGGGUGCCGGACCGCGACCGAAAGAUCGCGGCGCUGAUGCUGGCGCGCCACCAGGAGGAGCGCCUGCUGCUCGAGCAGCGCGCCGCCGCCCACGGCCAGUGGGAGCAGCAGCGCGCGCGGGCGGAGCAGCGGCGGGAGCGCGAGGAGCGGGAGAAGCAGCGCGCGCUGGAGCAGGGCCGCCGGGCCUGGGCCGCGCAGGUGGAGGAGCGGCGCGGCCGCCGGGGCCGCGAAGAGCGCGAAGAGGCGCGGCGGCGACAGCGGCAGUGCGAGCGCAGCGAGGAGCGGCGGCGGGAGCUGGCCGAACGCCAGGGCCUGCUGCGGCGGGAACGCGUGGAGCGCGCGGCCCGGGAGGAUCGGCUGCGCAAGCUGCAGCAGGAGCAGAACCUGAAGCAGCGGGAGGAGGGCCUGCAGGAGGGGCGCGAGCGCGCCGAGCUGGCCCGCAGGGAGCGCGCCCAGCGCGCGGCCCGCACCAAGCAGCGGCAGGAGGGCCAGCUGCAGCGGGAGAAGCGGGAGCUGAGCCGGGCGGAGCGGGCGCGCCACGAGGCUCUGCUGCAAGGCCGGGCUCGGCAGGAGCGCGCGGAGCGCGAGGGCUUGCGGAGCUCCCUGGAGGCCAGCUUGGGCCGCGCGCAGGAGAACUACGAGCAGUUGGUGGAGCAGCGCGCCCGCGAGCUGCGGGAGCGGGCCCGGCGGGAGGAGCUGCAGGGCCGGCGGGCCAAGGAGGUGGCCGAGCGCAAAGAGCGCGAACACCAGGCGCACCUGGAGGCGCUGGCCCGGGCGGGGGAGCGGCGGCUGCAGCACGCCAUGCAGGCUGCCGAGGAAGCGGUGCAGCAGAAGGCGCGGCGCGUGGGCCAGAGCAGGCUGGAGAAGGAACGGGCCCAGCGCGCCAAUAAGGAGAAGGUGGAGAGGGACGAAGACUGCCGCCGGCGGGAGCUGCUGCAGGCCAUCGGGCGCAAGCUGGAGCGCAGCGAGCAGCUGUCCCGGGAGCGACGGAGCGCGCUGGAGAGCGCCCGCUCCACGGCCCGGGCCUCCUUCCACGUGCGCGAGAAGGUUCGCGAGGAGACCAACACGCGCUCCUUCGACCGCAUGGUGCGGGAAGCCCAGCUGCACGCCAGCCUCGACCGCAAAUGA